AUGGACUGGAAUAAUUCUCAUAAUCAAGGUUAUUGGUUUGUACUUCGAGAAGAUCAAAGUAAUGUAAUAUUUAGCAGUAACAAUUUUACUAUUCAAAACCCUCAAAUUGCAGGUCCGGAGACAAAAUACAUUGUCGAUGAUGUUGAUAACAAGCAGUACAUACAAAUCAAUGAAGCUCCUACCACUAUACAAAAUGAAACUGUAGAUCAGUGUGACAAAGAAAUUUUAGAGCCAUCAAAGGAUGAUAACUUCUGGGAUAGAAAUAAAAUAAAAUUACUGCUCACACUAUGUCUCGAAGACAAAUUUAAAAUGGUUAAUAAAGAUAAAAUGUUAUGGAAUGACAUAGCUGUCAUCGUGGGUACAUCGCCAGAUGAAUGUGAUAAAAAAUUUAGGAACCUGAGAAGAACUUAUAUCAGGUUAUAUAAAAAGAAAAAAUUAGGCAAGGAUAUAAAAUGGAUUCACUACAAUAUUUGUGAAGAAGUCUUUAAAGAUUGUAAAUCAUUGUCUCCAUCAAUACUUGAAUCUUGGGAAGAUAGCAAAAUUAGAAGAUUGCUUAAUUUGUAUUUAGAAAACAUAAAUAAAUUCAGAAGUCGUGAAUGCUUGCAAAAAGAUGUUUGGAAAGAAAUUGCUUCUCAAUUAAACACCACCGAGUAUAAUUGCUAUCAUAAGUUUAAAAAUUUAAAAAGAACUUAUUUCAAUUGGUUAGAAAGGAGUCAGGAAACUGGCAAGUUAAUUAAGUGGCCCUACCAGCACUACUUUGAGAGGAUAUUUUAUAACUACAAUCCCAAUGCUGGUCCUUGGGACAGAAAUAAAAUAAGACAACUUAUAGAAGCAUAUGGCCAAAUAGCCCACAAAUUCAGGAACCCAAGGUUUCAAAAAAAGGAGCUUUGGAAGGAAAUUUCAAAUAUAGUUGGGGAAAGUCCAAGUAGUUGUGAUAGAAAAUUUAGAAACUUAAAACAAACAUAUAUUAGAUUAAAAAUUAGGGCUGAGUCAGGAAGGUCUAUAACAAAGUGGUGUUAUUAUAACGAUUUUGAAUCAAUAUAUGAAAGAAAUAGGUACCAUACAAAUGAUAGCACCUCAAGCUUAGUAUAUAAAAGUCAUGAAGAGGAUUAUGUCGUACAACUCUUAACAUUUUAUUUAGAAAAUAAACAUAAGUUCAGGGAUCCACUUACGAAAAAUAAAAAGCUGUGGCGUCAGAUAGGCCCUAGAUUGGGCUUGACUCCAGAAGAAUGUGAUAAAAAAUUUAGAAAUUUAAAACAAACUUACAUAAGGUUAGCAGGGAGAAAGAGAGAAACUGGUAAAAGUAAUCAAUGGCCAUAUUAUACUUACUUUGAGCAAAUUUAUGAUGAGCCGAGACUACACGGAGAAUGUAAUCACUGGUGUGGAGUUGAUAAUGUAACUCUGACAUCAAUAAAGAAAGUCGUCAGAGAUCUUUAUGAGAAGCAGGACAAUGAUAAGUUCGAAAAAUUUGUUCAAGUGAUUGAAGAUUCAAAUUCUAUUCAAAGAGAAAGGAACAAAAUACUCAAAGCACUUCUCCACAGAAAAUCUCAUUUACCCCAGAUGAAGAAUCAAGGCCCUUCAUUGAGCGAUCAACCAACUACACUUCCAGCAGAUGAACAGCGAACUACGACUGCUUCAAACGAGCAGCCAAGUACAUCUGCGCACGAAGAUGAUCAAACUCAAGUUUUUCAAAGUUUAUCAUCUGCUGCUACAAUAUCCCAGCAAGCUAUUCCAUCAACACCUAAAAUCAAAAAGUCAGCCUGGCUUUUUUGUGAUCAUGUUGAAAAAAAGUUGUAUGACAUGGACACGUCACGAUUAGCUGGUGAAAUAGCAAAAUUAGAAUCUACUAAAAAGAAUCGAUUCAGAGAUGUCGCUUACGAAUUGCGCAAUUGUAUCACAUCUCUGGAAAGUACGAAGCUGCCAGAUAAUCUAACUCCAAAGGAUGUCAUUCUCGGAGAGUGCAAUAUUCCAGAACAACUUUUUAAUUUCGUGUGUGACUUAGUUCUAGGACCAGAUACUCGUCGUAAAAAUUCAGGUGAUGAUUUGGUGAAAAUAAAGUCUGUGUGUAGUGACCUGAUUUAUAUUGUAUCCAAAGGUAGAGUCAAACCGUCAAAACAUCUUACACUCGGGUUAUCAAUGAAAUCUAUGACAAGUUCACGAAAAGUUUUAACGAUAUUAAAUAGAUAUGGACAUACAAUAGGCUAUAAUUUAGCUGAAGAAAUUGAAACUGAGAUGACGUAUAGUUCCCAAAACGAAAACAAUGCGAUACCGGCCGGUAUUAGCAGAGUUGAUGGGCUAAGCACGCACGUAGCUUUCGAUAACUUUGACCGUUUCGUCGAUACAGCCACUGGGAAAGACACUUUGCACGAUACAGUUGGUAUCAUUUAUCAAUUUCGCAGCGAAAAUGAUGACCCUGAUAAUAUAGACAAUUCAGAUACUUCUGAUUCAGAAUCCCUAAGCGCAUAUGUCCAUGAAGGUUCCACGGAGCCUCUUGCAAGAGCUCGUAAGAGACGGCGUUUUGAAGCACCUUCGAAGGAAAUUCGUCCCUUUGUCAAGACACCAUUUACAAGUAUGACGUUUCUGCCUUUUCAAACAAUUACUGAAACAAUCGAUGCGUGUCAUUCAGAUAAAUCAAUCGCAAUUGAUAAGGAUUUGGUUUGGAGUAUGUCUUUAUCUCAAAUUGAUUCGGUACCCAUGUGGUUAAGUUAUAACUGCAAAAUUGGCAUUGAUGAGAGUAAAAUUCAGACAGUCGAGUACUUAUCACCAAUUAAUGAAUCUCCUACAUCGCUAGCUGUUGUUCAAGAAACUCUUAACAUUGCAAAGGAAAUUGCUAAGAAUUGUAAUCAACAACAGAUCAUAGCUACUUACGAUUUAGCAAUAGCCAAAUUAGCUAUGCAGAUUCAACAUACUAAAAAGCCAGAAUUUGACGAUAUAUUCAUUAAUUUAGGCGCAUUCCAUACCCAAAUGGCUUUCUUUAAAGCAAUUGGAAAGUAUAUUGAUUCCAGUGGAUUAGUAGAGAUUUUGGUUGAAGCAGAGGCACUAGCAGAAGGUUCAAUGAACAGCUUCUUAGAUAGUAAACAUUUUAAUCGAUGUAAGCGGCUAUAUCCUUUGGCUUCUGGUGCUUUGCAGAUUCUUCAUUUUGAAAAAUAUCUGUCAGAAAUUGACACGGAUGAUGUUGAAACUUUAAAGGAAGACUUAAACGCCGUAAUGAAUAUUUCAUGUGGAAUCAACGAGAGCAUUGUUUUACCUGAUUCAUUGGAUAAAAUACUGCAGGGUUACAAACAAUUCCGCGAAAUAACACUUCAGGGCGGUCAUGGAAAGACAGCUCAAUAUUAUUUGCAGUAUACUGAACUUAUCAACAUAUUUCUUCGAUUUUCUAGAAGCAUACGCUGCAGUAAUUUUGAGCUUCUACUUAGAUUCUAUCUUCGAAAUGAAUUUCGCGAAGGUGUAUUUGGUAUUAGACGCACAAAAUCAUACUUAGGCAGAUCACCUAUAGACUUGACUUUGGAGCAGACGAUUAAUGCUGAUGCCGGUAAUACCUUGACUGGUGUAAGCCAUUUUACAAAUUCGAUCGCUGCACGAGAAAGAUGGGCUCUUAGCCAUAGUGUCAGGACUAAAAUUAUGUCGUCCGUGAAAGCAGAAAUCGGAUUAUCUCAAGCAGAUGAUACUUCUUAUACGUUACAGAAGAAUCGAAUUGAGAAAGACUCCAAAACUCUAAACAAUAUUGUUAAAACGAUGAAGAAAACAAUGAAUCCUUUUUCUGAAAAUGUUGACAAAGAUCGUUUGUUCAAUUUGUCAACUGGUAAAGCGGCAUCCUCAAAUGUUACUGAUUAUUUACUCAAUGUUAAGUCUUUAGGUCAAGAACAAAAGUUAAAAUUUUUUUCGGAAUGCUCUGAAGAUUCAACAAGAUUUGUGAGAUCAAUAAGUCGUAAUAAAAUAAAUAACUUCGCUUCAGAUUGUGUUAAAAAAAGUAUUAAGAGUACCACCGGAGACAAAAAUACAAUAAUUAAAAUGGAACGAGAUAUUUUUGGACGUCUGUUGGCAAUUGCUAUUAAUCAAAAAGUUGACAUUGGGUACUGUUUGUCAUUCCCUCUAGCACCUCUACCUCCUGCACUAUUCCACUGCUCAGGUGACAUAAUGAAGACGGACAAGUCAACUCUGAGUAAAUAA